CGGACGCGACAAACCAAACCGGCGCGCGCCGCCGAGAGUUAUAGGCUCCGCCUACGCGCGCUGAGCCGACCAAUGUCUGCACCCGCAGACGUGGACGCGCCUACUAGCGUGUACGCGCAUGGGCCAAGAUCUCUGGACUUUCUUUGCUGGAACACGAACAUCAAGGAGGAAUUCAGGAGAAUAACUACCAUUCCCCUGGAGCGAACUUUCAUGCACUAACUGGACGAACACACACCAAAACGUAUUACCCUGAUGAAAGCCAAGGGAGGUGCUGUGGGGAUCAAGAUGAGGCCGCUCCUGGACAGACUGAGUCAGAAACAGAGCAUUGAGAUGAGGCGUGAAACCAUUAUCCGCAGCCUUAUACUGUACCUUGGCGAGAAGGAAGAGGAACUUUUUGAAGACUGCUUGGUAUAUCAUUAUUUUAAUCAUUUAAAAAUAUUUUUUAAUGACACAGGUUAAUUUAAUGUUAAAGUUAAGAGGAAAGCAGACUUUAUCAGUGAAUUCUCAGAGUUCGUUGCUGAUCUAGUGACGCACGCCGACAAUAUAAUCAUAAUGGGGGACUUUAAUAUCCAUAUGAAUACCCCAUCGGACCCUCAGUGCGUGGCGCUCCAAACCAUAAUUGAUAGCUGUGGUCUUACACAAAUAAUACAUGAACCCACGCAUCGCAACGGUAAUACAAUAGAUCUAGUGCUUGUCAGGGGUGUCACCACCUCCAAAGUUAUGAUACUUCCAUAUACUAAAGUAAUGUCCAAUCAUUACCUUAUAAAAUUUGAAGUUUUGACUCAUUGUCAACAAGCUAAUAAUAAUAAUAACUGCUAUAGCGGCCGCAACAUUAAUGCUGCCACAACGAUGACUCUUGCUGACCUACUGCCUUUGGUAAUGGCACCAUUCCCAAAUUAUGUCGGCUCUAUUGAUAACCUCACUAACAACUUUGACGAUGACUUGCGCGAAAUUAUUGAUAGUAUAGCACCGCUAAAGCAAAAAAGGGCCCCUAAAAGGCGCACCCCAUGGUUUACAGAAGAAAUUAGAGCUCAUAAAUUAUCAUGUAGAAAACUGGAACGCAAAUGGCGCGCGACUAAACUUGAGGUUUUCCAUCAAGCAUGGAGUGAUAGUUUAAUAACUUAUAAACGCAUGCUUACCUUAGCUAAAGCUAAAUACUACUCGAAUCUCAUCCGCCUCAACAAAAACGAUCCUAAAUUUCUGUUUAGUACAGUAGCAUCGCUAACCCAACAAGGGACUCCUCCCAGUAGCUCCACCCACUCGGCAGAUGAUUUUAUGAAUUUCUUUAAUAAGAAAAUUGAACUCAUUAGAAAGGAGAUUAAAGACAACGCAUCCCAGCUACAACUGGGUUCUAUUAACACAAAUACGACUGUAUGUACGACGGACACUGCCCUCCAAAAUAGUCUCUCUAUUUUUGAUGAAAUAACAUUAGAGGAAUUAUUACAGCGUGUAAGUGGGAUAAAACAAACAACAUGUUUACUUGACCCACUUCCUGGGAAACUUAUCAAGGAACUGUUUGUAUUAUUAGGUCCAUCAGUGUUAAAUAUUAUAAACUUACCACUUUCCUCCGGCACUUUCAGCAAGAUAGCAAUGAGAUUUGUUAAGCCCAACAUCAUGACAACUGCUCCAGACAUAACAAAGAUAGACUUUGCUGACAGAGACAAUCAGAAAUAUGACAAAGACCUAUACAUUGGCUCAGAAUGUAGGGACUACUUGUCACAUCAUAGAGAGAACUGUGACUUGCCUGCCUUCUUUUCCAGUGUCAGGAGGUUCUAUAGUGGCACAUGUAGCUACAUGAUGGCUUCUUUCCCAUUUGGUGAUCCAGUGCUGGUGAAUGCCAGAUUCCUCGAUAUUCAGAACAGACAACAAUGUAAAUUCAGCCAGGUGACAGUCAUCGAACGGUAUCCACACUUCCUGAGCAAGGAUGACAGGAAAAAUGUUGAGGAAGAAUUUUUCAUGUACCAGUGUGACUCCCUCUGUGCUGCUAUUGCUGAAGCUGAAAGAGUUGACAGUGCAUGGCAUGAAUUUGCAAAACUGAAGGACACAGCUACAAGAAAGACCAAAUAUGAAGCUCUGUUCAAGGUUGCUAAAUCAGUGUUGGUGAUGUACCACAGUAAUGCAGAUUGCGAGAGAAUCUUCAGCCAUGUAAACAAAAACUAG